AUGGAGAAGGCCCAUAGGCGUAGGCUCAUACUUUCUGAGUCGGAGUAUGAGAAGCCCAUUGUCGACCCCCCAAAGCUGAAAAAGGGAAAAGUGGUGAUGGGAGGAAGGAAGAGGCUGGUGAAGGUGGCUACUAAAGCUGUGAUAACCGAGGGUAUAACUGUGGUUCGGCCAAAUAACAGUCCACCAUCUCCUGGACAAAUUGAACCGCAGCAGGUUGGCCAUGAUAAGCAACAAGGUCGGGCUGUGGCGAGGAGGAAGCAUAAGCUCCGAGUCUCGGAGGUGCUGGUGCUGACGGUUGGGGAAGGGACGAGUACCUUGACAAUUAAGGAAAGUUCCCCUCCUUGUCAUUCUACUGAUGGUGCGAUGGGAAUGACACCCUCCAGUGCUUUGGUGAACUCGACAGCAUCCCUGUCGGAGGAAGAGGACAACUCCUUUGAGAUUAAAAGUCGGGCCCCUGCAUGUGACAUGGAAAAUUCUCGCUCCAUACAUGGGCGCGUCUAG